AAGGAUGUGAACGCUGAAGUACUCGCCCACGCUAUACUCGACAUUCCGCUUCCACCGGCGAUAGACGCAAGCGUUCAACUCCUCGGUCAACGAAAACGCAGGAACUCGUGUUGCCGAGAAGGCAUCGCUCGCAUGCGUGCAAAGAGAAGGCAGAUGACCGCUGAGGAGAGCGAGGAAGACGGCAAUGGCGGGAUUCGUGCACAACGGACGCGAUUUAAUCAUCUAUCGAGGCCGUCACCUUAUGCAUUGGUGCCGUGGCGGCGUAAAGGUCGCGCAAAGGGACACGAGAGAUCGUAUCUUUCGAGCGGUCAGGCCAACACAAUGUCCGAUAAGACCUCUCAGAUAUCGACCGUAGCAUCAAAUGACAGCUCCCUGUCGUGUUCUCCGUUCAAUCUCUCCGUCCGCGCUUCAUCCAAAUUGCAUAGAUUAGAGUCCAAUUCAGCUCAAGGAACCCAACAUCACACUCUUGUCCCCACAUAUUCACGAUAUCGGUUGGGAGACGAAGAAUCUCAUUAUAACGUCUCUGGCGAACCUCACAACAAGGAGAGACCCUUGAAACAGACCCGAUUCAAAUGCCGCAUUGAGAAAACGAAAGACUUUGCGCAACCCCCACCACCACCGGCAAAUCCAAUACCAGACAAAAAGAGACUGCCGGCCCUGCGUCAGACUACUGGGCACGGGAGUGCGGGUCGUCAGCAUCGGGCUCAUCAUCCCACCAACGCCAGUGUGCGAGUGCGUACAGACAAAGUGGAUGCCAUGCGGCGUGUUCGCUUGAUUACAAUCAGUCCAACUUCGAAACAUGCUCACACGCUGCGGCCAUCGUAUGUUGUAUCAAAUAUCUAGGACAAGGAUCUGUUGUGUGGUUUCACAUUUGUGGUAGCAUUUUAGAAUUGCGCAAGGACGUAUUCCGUAAUCUUCGCUGGAGUUGAUCUAGUAUCCAUUAUUCACAUACAUUGAAUUACAUUCAGCGACAUGGGCCUCAAAAACAUUCGGAAGAACUGGUUUGCACAACAGUCUUGCUUCGAGAUAUGCGUA